UGUUUUCUUGUUGUUUUCUGCAGUUUGAAGACUGUCUGUACGAAGGAAACGCUCUUCUUGACGAUCUUCAGAUGGACAUGUUAGAACAGACGCACCAAGAAGCCAUGCAGUUCACUGCUUGUCUAUUACACUCGGAGGGCAGACCCGAUGAUGAUGGCACCACAGAUACAGGAACAACCAACACCUCAAACCAUCUAGAGAAGGACAGUGGUGUGGGCAGAGCUACAGAUGAGAGUACGAGACACGAUGAGAGUUCAGAUCAUGAGAUCUUGGUAGAUGAUGCCAGUAUCAACCAGAAGUUCCCAGUGGAUACCACUAGCCUGGGCAGCGGGGGCGACCUCAGGUACAGCAACGACAGCUUCACGUCCAACUCAACUGCAGAGCAUGACUUCAUGGGCCAUGAGAUAUCGGUGGAGGAAUGCAUGAAGUUCCAAGCAGCUCUGGAGAGCAAAUGUGACAAUAAGCAUUUGAGGAGUGAUACCGAUGAAAGCAUAAGGGGAAAAGAGACCAAAGUGAUGAAGUUGGGAUCGGAUUCCAUGGAUACUACCAGCCAGAGUGGUGAUUCGUUGAACCGUCCUUGUCGCAAUCGCUUGAUCUGUGAUCAGCAGGAUGAGCUGCAGAAAGAAAGGAGAGUGAAUGGUCAUGGGGAUGUGUGGUUGUCUAAUCAAUCUCAUGAUGAACAAUUAGACACUAUUCCUUGUCAGUGUCCAAGUUCAGAAUCAAGUCAAAAGGUGGAUAAACCUGAAAAGGACAACUCACACCAGCAGCAAAAGGAUCUUUCUCCAGAAACCAAAGAAGAAGCCAACAAGGAAAAUGGUUUGCCAUCAAGUGAGAGGCAACACAGAAGAUCCGGCUCAGGAUCUGGAAGGUCUCAUAGAGCGCCAAGAACUGUUCCUGGUAGUCCAGGUGGAAGGAGCAAAUCCUCUUCAAGCUCCAGGGAUAGAUCAAAGAGCACUAGCAGUUCAGGGUCCACAAAGGGCUCCAGCAAGGAUAAACAUUCUAGCCCCAGUAAGGGUGCAUCCACAAACAAUGGAGAAUCAAACCACAAACACCAACAAACACAGCAGCAGCAGCAGCAGCAAGAUAAUUUAGGACAGCUACCGGGUGCAAAAGCUUAUCCACGACGACCUGCUACAAACCCUCAUCUCAGAGCGCAGUUCACCCAACGUAGCCCGUAUUUUAUGCAACAUGAUUCUACAAGGACUAAUUUAUUAAAGCACAAUUGGAAAGUUCAGCAGCAAGCAUCUCAGCUGAAGAGAAGCUUUGAUAAGUAUGGUAGCAUCCAGAGCCUGCAGUCUGUUCCUGGGUAUGCUAAGCACUAUCGUAGCUAUCUCCAUCUUAUCAAUCAGAAUGAGGAAAAUGCCAUGAAAUCUCAAAACAAUUCACAAAGGAACGUAGAGGGACAGUGGAAGGUCAAGAUCCGCAGUGAUGGCACACGUUACAUCACCAAGCGGUCAAGCCGUGACAGACUCCUGAAGGAACGAGCCACCAAGAUCCAGGAAGAGCGUGCCGGGAUGACAACGGAUGACGAAGCAGUCAGCGAGAUGAAACUUGGAAGGUACUGGAGCAAGGAAGAUCGUAAGCGACAUUUAGAGCGUGCCAGAGAUCAGCGAAUGAGAAGAGAGUACAUGCAGCAGGCUCGUAUGGAAUGUCUUCAAGAACUAGAGGAAGACGGCAUCUUGAGUGGUGGCGGAGGGAAGAGAGAACCUGACAUCGUAGAGCUGAGCCAUAGAAAACUCAAUAAGAAGAAGGGUCGCAAGAUGAUGCUCGAUGACUUCACCACUGUGCAAGAGAUGUUGAUUCAUGGUUCAAAAGUCAGUCCAGACACAGCAAAAGAGUUCAGUCCUAUCUUAAAUGUUACUAUGGUAUGACAGCAGUUUAUUCAUAUAUUCUACCUAGUUUUAGUAAUGUCUUUCUGUCAUGGGAAAAUAUGGUACGAGCAGCAAGGUUUCUAUGCAUUUUAUUGGUAUAGCCAGUGACAAAGCUUAGUUCGAAUAUGAAAUAUGAAUAUUCUAUUUAAAUCAGUCAUGUCAUAUGUGAAAGAAGUGCAAACACUUAUCUGACACAAUUUAUAAAAAAAAGGUCAAAGUUCUUUCAAAUCUUCCCUGCCUAAAAUUUUAAUGGCAUAGACAAUUGCCUAAUUAUGAGGUUAAUUACAUCUAAGAGUCGAUUACUAAAGGUUUCCUUAAUUCCCGAGAGAUGAUGGUAGACUAAAGCAUUAAUUUGACCGCAUAUGACUCAGCGUUCCAAAAGCCAGACCAUUCUGAUGAGGAAAACAGGCUCCUGUUAUAUGUGCCAAACAUAGGAUGGAGGGGUCUAAUUGAACGGUUUAUAUUUAUCUCUCAUUUCCUGCAUUCUGCGAAUCAAAGAUGGGGGUCUGAAAUAAUGUAAUCAAACGACAAGAAAUGAUUACCCCUGCCAAAUGAAGUUAAUUAAAUCCUGGCAAUGCUUUGAAUUUGCUACUGUCAUAACCGGGGUAUUCGGCCAUCUGUGUCUCUGAAGGGAUGAUUUAUCUGACAGGCGUACCCAGGCGCAGCAGCCUCCUCUCAUUAAAUCCAUCGCGUCUUCUCCUGCCCAUCAUGGGCAUUGUUUAUGAUUAGACCUACAGCAAAAGGGUGCUAUCUAUUCAAAUGAUCCGUACAAAUCACUUUAAGCCCGUAAUCAGUCCUGAGCAAUUGCCGGUAUUACAGUCGUAGUAAUGGGAUGACAUCAAUUAAUGUGUUUGCCUUUUGUAAGAUGUUAAGUCAUUAUGAGCUGACUGAUAGAUCUGUGUGACGAUCGCUGUCUCACCAAAUCGCACUGUUUUAUGAGUUUAUUUCUUCUCAUGAAGGCUUUCAACUAGCUAAGGUCAUCAAACGUAAAAAUAUCAACUAAACAUAUGUUAAAUAUCAAGAACAUACAAUAUCAAUUCUAUUUUUCCUGUAUCCUUUAUCUAGAAAAAAAGAUGCCAAAUUUUAUUACAUUUUGGUACUAAAAGUGCACCUCUUUUGAAGAAAUAGGAAUCACAUAUAAAGCUUUCAGUAGGGACCAAUCUAGAAAUAUGUAGAUUUUUUGGUAAAAAUAUCUGUAAAUCUGUAUAGUUGACUUACUCAUCUGUGAAAUUUCUUCUUCACGUUUAGAGCGCAUGGGAAUAUUAUAGGAUUAGCCAGAAAGCUAGAAGACAUUAUAAUUAAUGGUUAAGGGAACAGAUGUCCGAUCUUAGAAUAUCAUGACCAAGAGCUUUCUCCAGAAAUUUGUUUUUCUUUCAUUAUUGUGGAAGAAGAUAUAAAGGGAGAAAGAAUCCUUUCCUUUCCUGCUUGCUGUGAGGUCAAAAAUCUAGAUUUCUUUCUGGAAGAUAAAAAAGUUAAGGGGAUGGAAGCUCAGCGAGUAGAAACAAGGUGUCCGGGAGGAUGGUAAAACGAUUGCUUGAAGGGAUGUGAGGAAACGUGACACUAUUCAUUCUUGUCAUAGAGGAAUGGAGACUGAGAAUUGCCUUUUGUACGUUCUUCUGAUCAAUCAUCCGCUCUCUGCUUUCACCAAAAGAGAGAUGAACAAUAGAGGGAAAGGUUAGGUGGGUGGAGAUUGGAUGAUAAAUAGGACAGGCAAAUAAAAGGUGCAGAAAAAAGGGGGGAAAUGAACAUGGAAAUCUGGAAUUGACACAUCUGGAAUGAAGGCAGGGAGAGUGGGAGAGAAGGGGUGUUUGAGAUAACCCCCCUCCCCCAGCCAAUUUUGAAAAAGGUUCACAUUGUAAUGACUCAAAAUCCUGGCUCACAUCUUUGAAACUAAGUAUAAAACAGUUCAUUCAUUUUAAUGAUUCUGUACAUUUGUUUGAACUCCUGUGUUAUAUUGGUUUGGCUUCUUCCUUCAUACUGCUCUUAACCUAACCUAACCUAACCACUAUAAGUUUGCACAUUUAUGUUAACUUCAGAAAAAAAAAGUUGAUGGUUUGGAAACUUCAUGCAUUUCUAAAGCUGCCAAUACCCCAAAGUGAGAGAGUGAAAAUUGAUGAUUAUUUUCUGAUAUUGAUUUAAUUGAUUUAAAAUAAGAUAUUAAGAAAUGAUAUAUUUUGUAUAACUCUGAUCUAUAUUGGUGUAAUAAUUCCAAUCGUUACGACACUGUGUAGAUAUAGCCAAAGUGCAGAUUAUGAUUUUGUUAUGUUAUGACAGUAUUUAUAUUAUUUUGUGCCAAAUGUGAACAGACUUCAAACUACACUCCUGCACCGGUAGUUUUGAUCAACUGUAGCAAUAGAUAAGCAUGUUCCAAUGUAUGUAUAUUUGAAGAAAAAACAAACAAACAUGUAUGUGGUCGUUUCUAGUCCCCAUACCUCGUUUUGCCAAGUGCGAUUUUGCUAUCGUUUGUCCGGUUUUUUUUAGACUAGAUGAAAAAAAAAAGAUAUAUGAUUAUUUAUUCAAAUUUGCCUCUUGUUGUCUUCUUAUGCAUACUAUCAACUUUUUUUAUACACUUGAUGUUCCAGUGUGUAUGCUUUCUUAUAUUUGAAAAUAUAUCUAAAUAUGCAUGGACAUUUAAGGUUGAUGUCUGUAGUGAAUGUUAGGGUGACAGUGGAAGUGUAUGAAAGUGUAUAUCUAUUUUGUACAGUCUUGUAAAAAUGUGUAUUACAGAAUGGAAAAAAAGUCAAAUUAUAAUAAAUCUAUUACAACUAUUUCAAUAUUAUAUAGUGAUGAUAUGGAGACCGAUUCAGUGUGUCUUUAUGAUGUGACGAUACAGCCUCGUGCUGUACGGUGAGGGAUGAUUUCAGAAAUAUUGGAGUGAUCAACUUUUGAUAGCUUAAUGUUUCAAUGAUUUGUGAAUUUCUUUGUGAUUCUGCGUCCUCGUAAUGGGAUCGAUGCUCAUUCAAGGAAAAGAAGUGGGCAUGAAAAUUCUGACUCACAGAAAAUAAUUAAUUGUAUUUAUUUUUCAAAAGCAGAGUAUUUGUUUUUAAAAGUCCUUCGAGGUUACUGUUUCCUGUUGCUUGCCGCAUUCUUCAAAAUUUCAAAUAGUAAUUGACAUGUAACGAUAGAGGUAUCAAGUCCUUUGAGACAUUUCAUUCUACUAAAAAAAAAUAAAUAGAAUAAAACGAUUUGAUUGUAUUUAUGUCUUUCAUUGUCUUAGAGGGUUAAGCAUCACUGUCAAACAUAAUUUUGCUAUUUCACAUUUCUCGGCAAAUAUUGUAGAAAGUCAGACACUUAUCUCACUUAUGAUAUUCUCAUCACUUCUGUGCAAAUGCCAACUAAAAUCAGUUGAUAUGAAGCUUCUCUAAAUCUAAUGAAAAGCUUUUGGAGUAAUCCCCAGAAUUGUUACAGGAUUUUUCAUCACCUCUAGUGUGUAUUUGCCGAAAGAUACCAGACAAGAAGUUUCCUGCAUUUUCAAUCUAUUUCCCUUCAUAUUCCUGUAUCACGUUGCAGUUAGAUGUGCCGUAAACUUGUCAUGGGUGCGUUUUUAGAAAGGUACCGCUCAAACUAAUACGAUAGCGGAGAUUCUCUCUGCACUUCCCGUGAGCUAGGAGUUAGUAAUGUAGCACGUGAGAAGUAAAGAGGUAGAAUCUCCCUGCUUUUCAUCUCACGCACAUCCUCAAUUGGUAUUGAUUUCACGGCCUAGGUGUGACGUUAUCACCAAUGGCGGUGCAGGUCCUCCUGUUUGCUAAAAAAUCAUCGUCCAGAAUUUGACUGGAAGGUAUUUGCCAGCAUCUGCACUUAGAGUUACCGCCUCAAGAUCUUCUCUCUCCCUUCCCGAGAUGGGUUUGCGAUUUGGCGAGAAAAUCUCAGUGUUGGGGAGCUGGUGGCCGCAUUUUUCCUUGCCAUAUUGACGCAAGGGAGAACGGGGUUCGGCAGGUAAAUACCAAGUGUGUGUGUGGACUGCGAUGAAAGCAUUCAAGGAUGACGAAGGUCACGGAAGAUGACCCAAGGUAGUAGUGAAAAUUAGCCGCUCGUACCUCCACCGUCGUCCUUUGGUAAAUUUGAGGGAUGAGACGCCUCGUAUUUGAGCAAAAUGGUGGUUAAAUUGAUUUUUUAUAGAGCAGAUUAUUUGUGAAUUGGGAUCAUAUUAUUCAGACAGUGAUAGGAGAUGAAGGGGAAUGGAAAAAGAGGAUGUAUCAAGUUCAGUGCACUUUUCCUUUCUCUCUUGAAUAGAGAGAGAGACGAGUAUGCCGAGGAAUUUUUAUGUAUUUUUACGUGUUUGCACAAGGACAAGCACAACAAAUUUUCACAUUGUGCAUUUGCUAUAAAUGUUUAAUCUAUAUUAUAAUGUUUGUUGUUUUAUUGUAAAGUUUAAUUAUGGAAUACUUUAAGAAACUUGUAAACCUGUACAGAGAAAGAUGAUGAAUUAAAAUACUUCACCAAAAGAAAAGAAAAAAAAUGUCUAAAUUUCAA